GAUUCGAACAGGAAGUGGAAAACAAUUAAGUAUAAAAAAUCGUGAAUAAUUUGGCACACGCGCUUAUUGAGUUUUUCGACUGCGCAAUGCAUUCACAGAGUAUUCAACAUCAAUGCUUGAGAGCGACAAGAGCAUCGCAGUGAUUCAUCGGCAAUAGGACAUUUGAAGACUAAGGAAAACACGCAACCUCUUCUGGAAGAAAGAAAAGAGCUUUUUUUCCUCCAAUGCUUGAGAGAAUUCUGUUGACUUGAAGCUCGUCGGAAAAGAAAUGUUGGCCAACUGUUUACUUUUUGCAUCUUUCUUGGGAAAUGUAUUUUUUCUCAUAGAAGCCAAAGAGUGCAACGAAAUCAUAGGUAUUUCAUCCGGUGCAAUUGCCGACAAGCAAAUCAAGGCAUCGGCAUUCGACGGUGAAUAUGCUGCAUCAAAAGCACGGCUAAAUGCCACAUCGGCCUGGUGCGUUACUUCCCUAAAUGCAACUCGGUCGUUUCUCGAGGUGGAUUUGGGACGUGUUAUGCGAGUGACAGGCAUUGAUAUUCGGAAAUUCACGGAGGGAUACGUGACAAAUUUCACCAUCGAGUACAAGAGGACGAGAGAUCAGCGUUGGAUAUCUAUGAUAGAAAGACUGCCAUUCAAUACAAGCUUCUUUCCGUCAUUCCUGGGCAAUGGUAAUAACACGAAACACGAGUAUCGACAGUUUAAAGGACCAAGAAUCCUACGAUUCCUUCGCUUCGUGGCACUGAAAGGGGUUGGAGAACAAUGGUGUGCAAAACUAGAGUUCUACGGUUGCGAAUGGAAGAACAAAGAUGGUCUAAAAUCUUAUCAAGCACCACAAGGAAAUAUUCGUGGAUACACCAAUAGCAAAGUAACAUUGAACGAUGCAACCUACGACGGAAAGCUGCAACAUUAUGGCCGACGUUUCGCAACGCUAUAUGGAGGACUGGGGCAGCUUACAGAUGGCGAGAUUGGCGGUGAGGCAUUUUGGCUGGACGUCGGAAAUGGUCCAAGCUUCGAGUGGUUGGGUUGGUACGACAUGGUAAACAAAAAGCCAUCGUUGCUCUUCGAGUUUGAAACACCGCGAAAAUUCAAGAAGAUGCUUCUUCACGGGAACAACAGACCAGGCAACGUCAAAGUGUUUCGUAAUUUGAUAGUAGCGUUCAGCAUCGAUAAUUUAUACUACUCCACUUACGUUAACUUCUAUCCAAGUCAAAAUUUGACCAGUCAGAAGAGCAAGAGCCUGUGGAUCGAAGUGGAUUUGAAAGGACACGUCGGCAAGAGUCUUCGUUUGGAUUUUUCGUACGAAGGGAAAUGGAUUGUGCUCAGCGAAAUCGAGUUUGAGUCCGAAAUAUACGAAGGCAGGAUUGACAACCCUACAAGUCGGGAAGUCUCCACAACAUCAAGUGUCGCAGGGAGAACUCCGUCAUUGAGGCAGGUUGAAAGCAACCCACCCACGACAAAGCCGAUGCUCAGCCUUUACGGUGUGAUUGCAAUGUCAGUGGUCGGGGGAGCAUUGCUGCUAUUUUCCGUUGUUUUUGGAAUAUGGCUGACCAGAAUGCACCGCCGGGACGAAGAAGACGAGCAUCCCAUUCGAAACGUCAAUCGCGUCAUCAACUCGUUGAAAAGGGGAUCGUCGUUGGGAAGGCAAAAGCGAAAGCUGGAGUCAUCCAUGACGUCAUCAACGGAGUCGGUCGAUGACAUAGAACAGCUUGUGAGCAAGAAAAACAGCCAUAAAGAAGCAGACGACUUGCCAUGGUACAAUUCUCUUGACCGACACAAGACAAACGACAUGAUGAAGCCAAACGAUCCGAAGGCAUGGAGCACAUGGGACGAAAGUCCAGACGAAAACAUGAAAGAUCCGAAAAAGGAUAUUUCGAUAGAAUCAUAAAGCAUAUAGCCAGAAAAAAGAAGCCACGUUUACUCUAAGCUGGCUGAAAUUUGUACAUGAAAACGGUUGGAGAACGCAAAACUCGGCCGAAUUCGCGUUCAACGCGAAAACGUGUGUAGCAUAGUUAAAAAGUGAAUUUCGUAACAAUUAGUUUUUACUCCAUGUAAGAUAGUAAGAGACGGUUGUGGCAACUGAAAGUUUCUAGUGCAUAAAUUCAACUCAUUGUUCAAGUCGAACAACCGUUUUUUCACAAAAUAGAACCAUCUUGUAACGAAAAAAAUAUACAAUAUCUAUGAUUUAUGAUCAGUAUGAAAAUACUCGAUCGCUCGGAUUAACUUUCAUGACGGCUACCGUUAAAAUCAUUUGUGCCUUUUUACAAGCCAAUCACGCAAGUUCCUAUCGUCAGUAAAUGGUAUAGUGAUACAGUGAAAGUAAAAUACAAGCAUUUACAUACUAUAAUUUCUACGCAAUCGAACAAUGAACAGUAAAGUAAUUUGUAAAUAAGAGAUAAAAAAUAUGGAGAAUACAUAUAAUGAAUAAAGGCA